AUGCCAUUUAAUCCACUAAAAGGGUUAACAGCCAUAUGUUGUCGACGAAAGGCAGAUAUCUCGAAAAAAUCGGCCAAAAACAGCAUAAAAUCAGAGAGAAAAUCAGUCAGAAGAAGAUCCCCAUCAAGCCUGAGCGAAGAAGAGAAGAAAAAAUCAAGCGGAAUAAUCAGUGUUAGCUCCUCAAAAUCGGAAGAAAAGCCAAAACUAGUCGGAGAUGCUAGUCAUAAAACGAAGAAGAAGAACAAAUCCAGAGAAAUGACUAGGACGCGAAAACGAUAUAAAGCGGGUUCUUCACAUAAAGUCUCACGGCAGGGAAGCUCAGAGCGAAAUAAAGAUUCCAUAAGCUCGUCCAGAAAACGACGGCAAAAAAUCAAAUCGCAAGAAGACAACUCGGCGAAAGCAAAGCCGGGAACAAGUGACAGUGGUUCCGAAGAUGAAGUCAUAGAUUACUGGACAAAUCCUGAAGGAAUACAGAAGAAGUAUAAAAAACAGGAUGAGGAAAAGGAAAAAGUAGAUGAAAUAAAAGAAGAUGACAUGCAUACAGCGAUCGCUACAGAAGCUGGGGACGACAGAGUCGUUCUCUCAAUAGUGCAAGAGCCGAACAUUGUACCUGACCUACCCAGUAAAGAGAAGAUUGAAGAGGAAAAAAAGCCCAAGGAACUAGAUUCUUCCAAACGUGGUCAAAAACGAGUAGGAUCGGCAGAAACUCAAAAUGCCCAAGCACGAGCUGGUCUAGCUUUAUGGAAAAGACAGAAAUUUCGUGGUGGAAAGCAGCAGGCAGCGACAAAAGGCGCCGCAUCCGCAUCGGCAACACCGAAGAGCAGAAGUAGACGAUUGUUUGGUCCAAGAAGGAUAUCGAGUGCAAAAGCAUCAUUACGACAAAAGGCGAAAAUACUCGCUAAUCAAACCUUGAAGCGUCUUUCCGCAGAAAAAGCUGAAAAGUCACAGAAAAAGAAAAAACAAAAGAAAGCGACAUUCUUUGACCGACAGAGAAAUCCGGCUAAACAAAAUCUACUACAGAAAGCGAAUUCUGCAGAAUCAAUGGUCAAGAAUGAUGAUAUGAUCAAACAACAGCUGCCGCCCAAAGCAUCAUCUGCGGAAGUGUUAAUGGAAUCACAGGAAAAACUCUCAAAUGAGAAACCAAAGAACGGAAGCGGUGAAAAUGUUAUCGCUCAGGUCAUAAAAGAAUCACCAAUCACAAAAUUUUCGCCUGGAAGGAAGAAAAAAUUCGCGUAUAAAGCUUCCAAACAGUAUGUAGUUGCCGGACCCGCAAAGCCGAAAGUGACCAAGAUGCCUCCAAUAAAACAACCGAUGAAGCCGACCAUGAAGAUAGAAUCAAAGCGAGCAGCGCUGCGUCCAAAAGCAAAUAAAGUGGAAGUCACUCCGAAAUCCGACAAAGUAAAAUCCCAGGAAACAUUAGAAAAAACGGCCGAGUUACUGUAUCCGUCACCAGCACAAGAACGAGAACAGAAAGCAAAGGAAGAUCACUGA